ACCACCUGGACUGGAAACCAGUUGAAAGGCAAUGGCAAAUGAGUGAUGCUGGAAAGACGGGACAACAACAAUCUUUGAAAGUAAAGGCAUUUAAAGAGGAGGAAAAGGAAGGAAAAGCAUCAAUCCAGACUCUCAGCUGUGUCACCGCAGAUCAGAGAAACCUGCUGGGACCUUGCAAGGUCUUGGAGGCACCAGCAAUCUCCAGGGAUGCAUGAGCAUCUUUGAUCCAUAGCAUUCUCUGCAGGGUGUUAGUUUGAUGUCCCACCUUACCCAAAGGGCAAAGCUGAUGUCCCAGGGGCCAGGAGCAGCAGAAAUUUCUUAUGGAGUGAAUUGCACAUUUGAACCCUUAGGGUCACCCAAGAGUCCUCCCAAAGAGCUCUAUAGAUGCUGUCCUGAAGGGUGAUGAGGUCCUCCCCAAGCCCUGGCCAGGUCCUGUCACUCCUGAUAUCUCAGAAGGAUUUUCAGCCAGUGGUUGUCUCCCACCCCAGCUGUACCACAACCUCUCUUAGGUGCUAAGUAGGAUGUGAAACUCCUGUUCUAGCUGCUAUUGAGUCACCAAAUCCACAGGUCUCCACUGAUUCAAAGGACAGGCUUCGGAGACUGAAAAAAACCAGCACCUUUGGGAAAGGGUAAAAAUGGGAUGGGCAUCUCCAGUUCUCUUCCUCCCCACCUAACUGCUGCUUCCCAGCACCGGCAGAGCAAUAUAAGUAAAUAUAUUGCCUAAAGCCCUCCUAGAAAGGGGCUGGAUCUCAGUUUAACCAAUGGCUUAGAAUCAGGAAGAGAAAUCUGUCUCCUUCCUGAUCAUGUGAAAGUGAAACAAGCUUGGUCACUUUCCAUGGCAGCCAGGAGGUCUGUGGAGAGCCUCCAGGAUGAAGCCUCCUGCUCCAUCUGCCUGGAACUUUUCCAGGACCCUGUGUCCAUCCACUGUGGGCACAGCUUUUGCCGGGCGUGCAUCACUCAGAACUGGAAAGGACUGACCACCAACUUCUCCUGCCCCCGGUGCAGGGAGACGGUGCCCCAGAAGAGCAUCCGACCCAACUGGGAGUUGGCCAACAUCAUCGAAAUAGCCAAGAGCUUGAACCUGCAACCGGUCGGAGAGGUGGAAGAAGGGGAGAACUUGUGCAAGGAGCAUCAGGAAGCCCUGAAGCUCUUCUGUGAAGAUGAGGAAAGGCUGAUCUGCGUGGUGUGCGACAAGUCCAAGGUGCACCGUAACCACUCUGUGGUUCCCGUGGACGAGGCUGCCAAGGAGUACAAGGAAAAAAUUCAGACCCAACUGCAGCUUCUGAAGUUAGAGCACGAGGCGCUUCAAUCUUCCGUGAAGGCUAGAGAAGACGGAGUCCAGGGCUACACUGAGAGGAUAGAAGCUGAAAAGCAGAAGAUUGUGACCGAAUAUGAGCAGCUGCACAAGUUCCUGGAGGAGCAGGAGUCCUUUCUGCUGGCUCAGCUGGAGAAGAUGGGCACGGAGAUAAUGAAUGCACAUAAAGAAAUCCUCACCAGGCUUUUGGAGGAGACCACGAGCCUGGGCACUCUGAUCAAGGAGGCGGAGAAGAUAUGCCAGCAACCAGACUGUGAACUCCUGAAGGACAUCAAAACCACCUUGAGCAGGUGCAAGAGGGAAACGUGGUGGCAGCCACUCAAUAUUUCCUCUGAGCUGGAAAAGAAAUUCUGUGAUUUCACAGAGAAAACCAAAGAUGUCAAGGAGUCUAUGGAGAAAUUUCAAGGCAUACUGGAGUUCAAACUUCCUUUAUUGACACAGGUGACGCUGGACCCGAACACGGCCAAAGCCAAGCUUUACCUCUCAGAAGACUGCAAGAUCGUGCGGUGGGGAAGGUAUGAGCAGAAGCUACCCUCCAACCCCGAGAGGUUCAAAUUCCAUCCCUGCGUGCUGGGCUCGAGGAGCUUCACGUCGGGUUGGCACUGUUGGGAGGUGGAGAUCAGCAGAGAAGGCAUGUGGGCCAUUGGGGUGGCCAAGGAAUCGGUGCCGAGGGAGACAGAUUUACCCCUGGUGCCCGAAGAGGACGUAUGGGCGCUGUGUCACAUCAGCAGUGGGUACAAGGCUCUGACCAAUCCCACUGUCACCCCCUUGACCCUACGCAGUGUCCCCCAGCGGAUACGAAUCUGCUUGGACUGUCAGGAAGGGAGGGUGGUGUUUUUUGAUGCUGUGAGCAAGGCACGGAUCUUUGCUUUUCAGCAGGCUUCUUUCAAAGGGGAGGCGGUCUACCCAUGGUUCCUGGUGAAGGGGAGUGCUUGCUUCAAACUUCUUUAAACUUUGUUCCUAUCCUGGUUUUGGCUGGGAUAGAGUUAAUUUUCUUCUUAGUAGCUGGUACAGUGUGUUCUGGAUUUAGUGUGAGAAUAAUGUUGGUAACACACUGAUGUUUUAGUUGUUG